GUGGACCGAGUCUGAGAUAAGGGGGACAGCUACUGUUUGCCUGAAACGCCCUGCUGAUGAUGUGAUGAGAGCAGAGGGAGUCUCUGUAGCAACGCGAGAGUAGCGGCGUCUUUCUGUUUUGGUUGUUCUAAGCGUAAUUAAGUAUCCAAAUGAACUACAAAUCCCAGACUGAUUGCGACCUAUGACGUAAAAUGUAUGUUCCAGUCUUUACAGUGUUCGAAGGGAUACAAAACCAAGUGAAGUGCUAUUGGUCACCAUGGUGAUGAAGUCAGCAGUUGAGGAUGACGAUACCGGCUGGGUGCUGGGCAUACCAGAAAAGAUGAAGAACAAUGCCAACUGGGUUGAUAUCACUCAUGAGUUCAAGGGUGCCUGCAAAGAGUUGAACCUCGGAGAACUGCUUCAUGAUAAACUGUUUGGCUUAUUUGAGGCCAUGUCCGCUAUCGAGAUGAUGGAUCCUAAGAUGGAUGCAGGAAUGAUCGGAAACCAGGUCAACAGGAAGGUGCUCAAUUUUGAACAAGCAAUUAAGGAGGGUGCCAUCAAGGUGAAAGACCUUAGUCUUCCUGAACUCAUCGGGAUCAUUGACACUUGUUUCUGCUGUUUGAUAACGUGGCUGGAGGGUCACUCCUUGGCACAGACCGUGUUCACCUGCCUGUAUGUCCAUAACCCUGACCUCAUUGAAGAGCCGGCGCUCAAAGCCUUUGCCCUGGGUUUACUGAAAGUGUGUGACAUCGCGCGAGAAAAAGUCAACAAGGCAGCAGUGUUUGAAGAGGAGGAUUUCCAGGCAAUGACUUAUGGGUUCAAGAUGGCCAAUAACGUCACAGACCUGCGGGUGACCGGUAUGCUUAAAGAUGUGGAAGAUGAGUUACUGAGGAAAGUUAAGAGCACACGCAGCCGGCAAGGCGAGCAGAGAAACCCAGAAGUUGAGCUGGAGCACCAGCAUUGUCUGGCACUUUUCAACAGAAUCAAGUUUACACGUCUGCUGCUGACUGCUCUGGUUGCUUUCACCAAGAAAGAGACCAGCUCAGUAACUGAGGCCCAGAAGCUUGUAGCUCAGGCAGCUGACCUGUUGCCCCCCAUUCAUUCCAGUAUCCAGUAUGGCAUCCAGUCCCAAAAUGACACAACUAAAGGAGACCACCCUAUCAUGAUGGGCUUUGAGCCUCUGGUUAACCAGCGACUGCUGCCACCUACCUUUCCUCGCUAUGCCAAGAUCAUCAAGAGGGAGGACAUGGUGGCUUACUUCAGCAGGCUAAUAGAACGCAUCAAGACGGUUUGUGAUGUGGUCAAUACCACAAACCUACAUGGCAUACUGGACUUCUUCUGUGAAUUCAGUGAGCAGUCGCCCUGUGUGCUCUCUAGAUCUCUUCUCCAGACGACGUUCCUGAUAGAUAAUAAGAAAGUGUUCGGCACUCACCUGAUGCAGGACAUGAUUAAAGAUGCACUAAGAUACUUUGUUAGUCCACCUGUCCUCUCCUACAAAUGUUGUCUCUUCAACAACCACCAGGCCAAGGACUACAUUGACUCCUUUGUUACUCACUGCUCCAGGCCUUUCUGCAAUCUCAUCCAGAUCCACGGACACAACCGAGCUCGACAGAGAGACAAACUGGGACACAUUCUUGAAGAGUUUACUACAUUGCAGGAUGAGGCUGAGAAGGUGGAUGCAGCGCUGCACAGCUUACUGAUGAAAUUGGAGCCUCAACGCCAGCAUUUGGCCUGUCUUGGCACUUGGAUCCUCUAUCAUAACCUGAGAAUCAUGAUCCAGUAUCUGUUGAGUGGUUUUGAACUGGAGCUUUACAGCAUGCAUGAAUACUAUUACAUCUACUGGUACUUGUCAGAGUUCCUCUAUGCAUGGCUGAUGUCGACGCUAAGCAGAGCUGACUCCUCUCAGAUGGCAGAGGAGCGGAUUCUGGAGGAGCAGCUGAAAGGACGGAGUAGCAAAAAGACCAAAAAGAAGAAGAAAGCUCGCCCUCUUGGCAAAGAGAUCACCAUGAGUCAAGCGUACCAGAAUAUGUGUGCUGGCAUGUACAAGACCAUGGUAGCUUUGGAUAUGGACGGAAAGGUGCGAAAGCCCCAGUUUGAGCUGGACAGUGAACAAGUCCGCUAUGAGCAUCGUUUUGCUCCCUUCAAUAGUGUGGUCACUCCCCCACCUGUGCACUACAUCCAGUUCAAGGAGAUGUCUGAUCUGAAGAAGUAUAAUCCUCCACCAGGUUCUGCAGACCUCUACCUGGCCGCCAGCAAACACUUUCAGCAGGCCAAGCUCAUCCUAGAAAGUGUGCCAAACCCAGACGCUGAGGUGAACCGCAUACUGAAGGUGGCUAAGCCCAACAUUGUAGUGAUGAAGCUCCUAGCUGGAGGUCACAAGAAGGAAACCAAGGUGCUGCCAGAGUUUGACUUCUCCGCUCACAAAUAUUUCCCUAUUGUCAAGAUAAUUUGAUUCCUGCAGCCCCUCAUCUGAAGUGUGCAAAUGCCCUGACCCAGUCCACUUUGGAACAAUAAUAAAAACACCCAUCUGUAAUAUCAUGUAGACUAAUUUCUUGUUUUUAUUUUUCACUUUAAUGAGGUGAAAUCAGACCAGAAAACUGAUGUGGGCCUGAAUCAGAAACAUCCACAUUUGGAUUGGUAGUCAUGGUUGUUUUUUUGUUGUUUUAUUUUUUUAUAUGUGGGGAAAUGCUUUUAACUGUGUUAAGAACUGAUGGAUGGAAAGGAAAGCACCUUCUGAACCGUCUUGUAAAGAAUGCUGUGACAAUAAUGUUUGCAUAUCAUUAAAUCAAAUAUAUCAAAUAAUAUCAUCUUGACGACUGUGAGUUUGAAAAAACGAAAGCAUACCUUUUUAAACUUUGAAAUAAAAACUUUCUGUAGGUCUGUCACAGAUGAGCAGAUGUGGACUGGAGAAGUUUGAUUUUAUGUCUGCAAAAAAAUGCUGUAUUGUGCAUAUUGUUAGGUCUGGUUGACCCAUUGUUAAUGUAUUAAAAAUGUUAAAUUUUUUAAAUAAAGUGAAUACAUUAGAAAUAAUAAAUUAAUAUUUAGCUCCAA